GCGUAUAUAUAUACCACGAGGUGAUGGAGGUGCCAUUGUACACUCUCAUAACGCAGCCAGCCAUCGAGUGCAAAGGCAAGAUCUUGUGUUUCACGUACGCAUACACAAGGAUGAAGAAGGGUGGCGGGAAAGCCAGCGGGUGCUUCUUCUGCCUCGGCGCGCCGAUACGCGCGCUGUCGAGGGCGUGUGACCUCUACGUGAACUGCAUGUCCGGAUGCGCGCGCCGCAUGCCAGCGGGGGCGGUCGUGGGUGGUCGCGGCUUCGGCGGGCCGGCCACGUCCAUGCACCUGCGGGCGAGCUCGGAUCGUUCCGACGGCCUUGUCCGUGCCGCGUCGAAACAGCGCCGCGUCGCGCCCGAGCCAGCGGAGGUAGGGGCAGCGAAGAAGACGGUCCGCCUUAGCCAGGCGCCGGCGGCCGUCCCGGCACGGAGGAAGGGCCCGGCGAUGGUGACCAUCGACGAGGACGCGCCGUGCGAGUUUGGCGCAUGCCCGCUGAAACGUCCAGAGCAGAGGAGUCGCGGCGCGGCGGUGGGCGGACUGGCCGCGCGCGGCGGUGGUUUUGGCGCCAUCAAGGUGGGGGGCGAGGCAUUCGAGAGCCGACCGUGACGCGUGCGUACAACACACGCGCAUGAUAAAACUUACAUCGAAAUUUCGACCGGUUCUCUCCCCCUCUUGAUUACUUCUUGUUGACAGAUUUCUUUUAAAAAGGAUACAAGAUUUAUUAUAAAAAUUA